UUUUAUGACGUGAAGAGACUACUGUCAAAUUGUGUAUAUUUUGUAUUGUUAUUCGGUGUAUAAAUAAAAAUAAAGGUUGUCAUAAAAGACAAUUUUUUAAAUUAAUGAAUAAUACAUUUUUUUGACAAUUGGAUUGUCAAUAAUUGAAGUUAAUAAUUGUUUUGAUUAAUAUUAUUGUUUAUAAUGGUGAAUCUAUCAAAAGCUGAGUGUUCAAUUUCCUCAUGGUACCCAAUAUUUGUUAAGGAUUCCUUAGAUACUGAAAUUCUUCCCAUACCUGAAGAUGUUUUAAAAUAUUUAGAAAGUGAUCCUUUUAUACUGCCAGUCGAAGUAACUGAUAACAAAAUUAGUCACUUAAAAUGGGAAGACGGUUCUUCUGUAAAUGAUGACUCACAAGACGACUCAGAAGCUCAGCCAACGUUUCCAGAAUUCAGUAAAAAAAUCCAGGAUGUCAUUGAUGACUUUGGAGCAGUUUUUAUUAAAUCUAAUUGGAGGACACCGUCUGAUGCUAUAUGGGUAACAGCAACGAAAACUCUGAAAUGUACAUCACUCGAAGAUAUAUAUCUUCUUUUGAAAAGCUCAAACAAAAUAGCUCGGGAUAUUACAGUUGCUAAGGAGCUUUUAGAUGAUACAAAAAUUCAAUCUUGUCUGGUAUUAAAGAAAUGGAGAGAUAUCAAUCCGAGUACCGAAUUUCGCUGUUUUGUAAUAAAGAAAGAACUAGUCGGUAUUUGCCAAAGAGAUGUAUCUCAGUAUCAUCAGUAUAUUGAGAAUGAAAAAUAUAAUAUUCAAACUGAUAUUAUCAGCUUAUUCAGAGAACGCAUAAAAAAUCGGUUUAAAUUAGACAAUUAUUCAUUCGACGUCAUCCGGUAUAAAAAAGACAAAGUAAAGAUAAUAGAUUUCGGCCUUCUGGAUGAGUCAGCAACCAAAGGAACACUUUUUACUUACUCAGAAUUACAUAAUUCGAUAACCAAUCCACCUGAGUUUCGUUUUAUCGCAGAAGACAUGGGGAUUCAACCCAAUACAAGUAAUCAUUUUAUUGUGCCUAGAGAAAUUAACGAAUUCUUUUCAUCCAAUGACCCAGACUCUAUGAUUGAUAUGAUAAGAAGGGCUGUAGAAAAUCAACAAAUUGAAUGAAUUGAACCUGAUAAAAAAUUAAUUUUUCAACUUAUUGUCUAUUGAAUACAUCUGAUUAUUAAAUGUAUUAAUGUGAUUAAUCAAGAACAAGAAAGUAAAUGAAGUAUUGGCUGAAUAAAA